CAGACGACGGUCGCUUUUAAGUCCGGCUUUUCAGUUCAGGGCGUCGCACAACACCCAUCAACCACCGUCCAUACCAACUCCACGAGACAGGUGCAGAUUCGACGAACAUGCUCAAACGACUCGCACUGGCCCUAAUGGGCUUACAGUGCGUGGCCUCCAUGAGGAUGGCCAUGUACAUUGACCAAUACCAUACUGCCAACCUGCCGGGCAAGGACAAGACGCAAGGAAUCACGCACGCCAUCAUGGCGUUUGCACCCUCGACGUUGUUCAAUUCGGAUUCGCCGCCGCAAUUUACCCCCUUCGAGCCCGUGUCGACGAUGCGCAACCGGUUUGGUCCUGAUACCAAGGUGAUGAUUGCCAUUGGCGGAUGGGGUGACACGGCUGGGUUCUCGCAGGGAUCCAAAGACGAAGCUUCUCGAACCCGCUACGCAAAGAACGUCGCUACGAUGAUCAACAAUCUGGGCCUGGACGGCGUUGACAUUGACUGGGAGUAUCCCGGCGGCAAUGGCCAGGACUACAAGCAAACACCCAACUCAGCCAAGGUCCCUGAGAUUGACAACUACCCGCUCUUCCUCAAGGCUAUCCGCGACGCGAUCGGCCCCAACAAACUGCUGUCAAUCGCCGUCCCUGGCAAGCUGGAGGACUUCAUAGCCUUCACGCCGACCAACGGACCCAAGAUCUGGCCGUCGGUCGACAUGGUCAACAUCAUGAGCUACGAUCUCAUGAACCGCCGCAACAACGUCACCAUGCACCACACCUCGGUGGUGGAUUCGCACACCACCCUCAAGGCGUACUCUGCCAUCGGGCUCGAGGGCAGCAAAAUGAACCUGGGCUUCGCCUUCUACGCCAAGUGGUUUACCACCGACCCCAACUCGGACUGCAAGACCAACCCCAUCGGCUGCAAAGCCGCCGUCAUGGAGAACGCGGAUGGAUCCGACAACGGCAAGUCCGGCGCCUUGACCUUUGAGAAGAGCUCCAUGAGCCCUGCGCCGGGUAACUUGAAGACCUCGACGGACGGUACCUGCGGCUUCGACAAGGGCACCAAGUGUCCUUCCGGACAGUGCUGCAGUCAAUAUGGAAACUGCGGUACUACCGACGACUUCUGCCAGGCUGGCUGCCUUUCGGACUACGGCACCUGCAAGGGCAUUUCGAUCACGGACUCGUGGCGCCGCGCCUUGUCCGAGGGAACCACCGACGCCACGAUGGGCGGCCAGUAUUACUUCGACAGCGCCGUCAACAUCUUCUGGACCUGGGACACGGGUGACCUGAUCGACCGUAAGUUCACGGACAUCGUCGACGCUGAGAAGGUCGGGGGCAUCAUGGCCUGGAGUCUGGGAGAGGAUACCUUGUCGUUCGAGCAUCUGUCUGCCAUGCAGAAGGGGGC